CUAUAGGACGCGCUAAACCAUAAGAGCCACAAAUCAAGAGCGCGGGUUUUAUGCUGUUUACGUCCUAAAAGCAACAACAACAACAACAACAACCUGCAAGCGGCAAAGCGGUGGAAGUGUCAACAAAUGAGCUCCUAUUUUGUGAACUCAUUCUGCGGUCGCUAUCCCAACGGCGCGGACUUUCAGUUACAUAAUUAUGGAGACCAUAGUUCGGAAAACGAGCAGUACAGAGACUCGGCCGCCAUGCACUCCGGCAGGUACGGCUAUGGCUACAACGGCAUGGACCUGACAGUCGGCCGGACCGGGGGAGGACACUUUGAGCGGACGCAGGGCUACUCCCCGAGCCACUCGGCGGCGGCCCCCGCCUCCGUGGAGCCCGUCAGCUACAACCAGCCCAACGGCGGCAGCAACAGCACGGCCAACUCGUCCAUGUCGCCCCCACCCGAGCCUCCUCUCCCCUGCGCCUCGGUGGCCAGCAGCUCGUCGCCCGUCACCGAGACGCAGCCUCAACACAGAGCCAUGAAGAACUCCGUCCCCGCGCCGUGCUCCAGCUCCAACGGAGGCGUGGGAGGUGGCGCGCUGCUGCUCAGCCGGGACUGUGUGUCCAGUAAAGCCUCCCCCCUGGAGGAGGAAAAAGCUGCGGGAAGCGCACCCACAGCCACCCCUCAGAGUGCCAGCGACUCCACGCAGCCUCAGAUCUACCCGUGGAUGAGAAAACUCCACAUAAGUCACGACUUGUCUGGACCGGAGGGGAAGCGAGCCAGAACCGCGUACACCCGCUACCAGACUCUGGAGCUGGAGAAGGAGUUCCACUUCAACCGGUACCUGACCCGCAGGCGGAGGAUCGAGAUCGCCCACGCACUCUGCCUCUCAGAGAGACAGAUCAAGAUCUGGUUCCAGAACCGCAGGAUGAAGUGGAAGAAGGACAACAAGCUGAAAAGCAUGAGCAUGGCGGCUGCAGGAGGGGGACUCUACAGGCCUUGAUGCUCACACCUCUGAGAACGAGCACGAAUAAAUAAAAACAACAACAAAUAAUUUAAAAAAAGGGAUGAAUUCUCUUAUUCCAAAUGAAAAAAAAAGCGCAGAGACUGUUGGGUCCUGCAACAGCAUUAUGUAUUAUUUCCUUUAUAUUCUCACCGUGUUAAUGAUUAUGUGAGUGAAAAAAAAAUCAUCAUGUACAGUUAUGUUUAGAUUUAGGGGAAAAAAGAGAGAAAACAAAUGGAAAUACAUGUUUGUUUAAAUUAUUUCUUGAGGAAAAAGUAACAAAAAAGGCUUGAAAACGUCUCCAGUUGAUGCACUCUGCAGCCAAAUAAUAAAUAGAAGGUUUGUGUUUUUUUCUCUCUCUCUGUAUGUAAUGUAUAUUAUAUGUAUGUAUUUAUUUGUUUGAUGUAUUGUGCCAACUUGUCAGAAAACUUGCUUCCAGAAGUAGAACCAGCCAGAUAAGCAUCGUGUGUGCGUGUGUGUGAGAUAAAGAGAGUACAUGUAUGAACAGAGCCUCACCCUUGUGUGUGUACAGUCGC